AAGUGGAUUUUGAUUUAGUAUGUACUGUACCUGGAUUACGCACGCUCGCUAGAUUUCGACUAGCCCCUAGGCAUGUCCACUGGAGCGCCACUUUUCUUUCACGGUACACGUAUAGAGUAAACUAAUAUCUGUGUCUAGCUAAGUUACUGUAGAAUGAAUUGAUAUGUAACACCGAUAGUAACUUUCCCCCUUAUUUUUGGGUGUACGUACACACAAACUACAAUACGUAAAAGUUCCACUGAAUCAAACGGUGACGUCAUAGGCCAUCCGAUUUCCUCCAUUCAUUCUCGUGCAUGCGCGUGCACUUCCGUGUUCACAUCCGGGAGCGCAAGACAUGACAGGAAGAUUUGAACGCGUCGUCGAGCUUAUUCCUGCUGCACUAGAGGUUGUUCUGCACAAUUCGGAGGCUGUUGUCGACGAUACGUGUUUGAGCAGACUGUUGAGUUGGCUAGAGCAAGCUUGCAACAGCCAGAAGGAAAAAUGUGAACGUCUGCAGUCUGCCCUCAGUGAUUUUGUGAUAAAAGUGUGCGCAGAAGCUAAGCAUUCUAUUGCCAUUGCUUUUGGAUUGAAGGUGUCGACUGUCAGCAAUGCAGUGAUCGCUUUCUGUUGGAAGGAAGUUUUGAGAUUUAUCUCAGAAGGACAAAUGGAUCUGUUGAGACACGAAGAUGCAGCAGUGCGAUGUUCUGCGUACGAGUGUCUGAGACGUCUUACACAUGUGCCAGAAGCUGUGCUUUUGGUUUGUGAGACUGAUCUUGUUGUCAGAUGUUUAUCUGGUCUACAUGACAACAGCAUGUUUGUAUCUCAAGCUGCAUCCAGUUUUUUGUGUAGUUGGCUUCAUUUCAGUGGCGGUCUACAGUGUGUUGCAGACUGUACAUUACGUGUGAGCACCUUACAGACUAAAGUAUUUCACAUUAUCGAUCACUUCAGAUCUUUCUUCAAAUCGUCAUCACUUCAACAUGAUAUUAUCCGUUCUGUGUUUAUUUUGGCUAAGGAGUUCAUGGAGAUGUCCACACAAACAUCUGGCUUGUUUAUCGUCUCUAUUGAUCUAUUGAGACUGACUGAUGUUGCAAUUAAGAAUGGGGAUAGAAAUGUUUGUGUGUCUGUUGUUGAGUUCUUGUCAAAGUUGGUCAGAGUUGGAAGAGAAUUGGAAUUGUGUUGGAGUGAUUUACUUGACUCAACCAGUGACUCUGUGACAGUCAGGGAUCACGAUGCUGUUUUACUUGACUGGUUGAUAAAACAGCCCAUUGUACUUCUUCAGAGAGGCUUUGCACGACUAGCAGUCACAUGUUUGUGUAACUAUCUGACUUCCAAUGGACUGUUCAGCUCAAGUCACUGGCAUGAAGUCAUUACAGUAAUGAUGAUGUCUCCUCUCUUUCUGGUGGUUGGGCCAGUGACGAGUUAUCAUAAUCUGAAAACAGCAACGCAAGUAUUUAUAGUGCUGCCUGUACCUUUAUAUAGUUUCUUGCUAUUUAUUUGUGUUCAGGAGGAUGCAUUUAGUCAGUUUAAGUCUAAAUUGGAAGACACUAUGAAAGAAAAGUACCUCUGUCUCUUAGUUGUGUCUACUUGUUUGGGUUUCAGUGAUGUGAUCAUGUCUCAACAUUGCAAUCGAGACUUGCCUUUUUGUGAAUGGUGCAAUAGUGUAUGCACUGCACUCACCCUGAGUGUAGGGAUGUCUGUAUUAGGAGAGUCAUGCAUCACCGCAUAUGGAUCUCAUCUUAUUCGUUCCCAUAAAGUGACACUAGCUGCACUGAGAUCUCUUCAACACUUGAUGAACACAGAAGUCUGUCGAGAUCAAUGCUGUAGUAUCAUAGAAGUGCUGGUUGAUGUGCUUCAGACCACAUCACUUCUGCCAAAGGUGGUGAGUAUGGUAUUAAAACAGUUGCUGAAUGGUCUGAUCAGAUUCAAGGAACAUAGCAAACAAUGGAGUACAAAAGUCUGUCUGAUUUUAACCAAAUUAUUAGUCAGUCCACACUGGGAAGACAGAGACUCUGCUUUGGAGUUUAUAUCAUCCAUUUUGGAAGCAUGGGAAGCUCCAAUUCUCUUUUGUGACUGUGAUAACAUCACUUUGGAUGUGUGGAGAUGUGUGAACGACUCAGAGAGUUUUGUUCGAGCGUCGGCUUUUAGAGCUAUUGGUCACCUAACAGUGUAUGAUGAAUUACUCUCACCUCUUCUGCUAGCAUUGAAGUUCACACCAGCUGAUAUCAUUCAAACUGUUUGUCAUAUUGCCGAAAGUGACACAGAAGCAUUUGCACGACGAAGUGCUGUUCAAUUAUUAUCAACAUGGUUAGAGAAUGCUAAGUUUGCAAACUUUCUAUUGUCUACAUGUGACCAUAUGGAGGAAGAAAUAAGUCAAGUUGUGCAAAAUGUAUUACAUGUGGUCAUCAAGGACUUUGACUGUGAUGUAAAGCUGCAAGCCCUUGGUUUCUGGGAGAAGCUAUUGAACAAUGGUAAAUUCAGCUCCCAGGCAGCUGCUGUGAAAUUUCUCAUUACAGCAGGGGGAGCUGAUGACCUUGUCACGGCUGCUGAAGACCACGAGAAGGCAGUUAGGCAGAAAUCUUUUGCUAUCCUAAAAUUGUUUAGAGACAGAAUGUCUGGUGAUGAAGAAACAACUGAUGGUAUAGUUAAGAACUUCAUGGACAGGCUGUCCACAUUUACCCUUAAUCAUGAAAAGCAUCAGAACGAUCACGAUGAUGAUGAUGAUGCUUAUUCAAUGCUGGAAGACAUACUGGCUUGUGCUGAUGAGACUAUUAGCAGUGACUGCAAGUUGCUGGAUUGUUACUAACUAAAUUGCCAAAAAUCAUUGUAUAUCAGUCAUGUAAAUAGAAUGUUUAUUUAUAUGAAGGUCA